AUGAGCCUUCUUUGGACGGUCAAAGAGUCCAAGAAAUCUCAUGUUCAGCGAAGACGGCACGAGCGGGAAGUCGAAGCCAAGCAAGCCGAGCAGUUUGUGGCAAACGUGGUCAGCGGCUUUGAGCCCCCGCCCUUUGAACUGCCAGCAGAGGAGCUGGAACAACGGUUUUGUGUGCCUGCAACAUGCCUAGGCUUAGUCAUUGGAAAGAAGGGCGAACAUUUGAAGUCUGUGGAGAAGAAGUUUAAGGUGUCCAUCAAGUUGGAGACAGACGACAAGAGCGGUGAAGGCCUGGUCAUCAUCUCCGGCGAAUCUUCGAAAUCUGUUUCCGCUGCGCGGAAAGAAUUGGACUUUGACUACAAAAGUGUUGAGGUCACAGCAGAAGAGGCCAGCUGGUUGAAAAGAAAGGCUAUGACCCUGAAGCUCAUUCGUGACAUGACUGGUGUGACAUUGCUUACUUUGAGAAGUGAAACGAACUCCACACCAGGUGACGCCACACCAGGUCACUCAUAUGUGGAAAUCAAGGGCCUUCGAAGUGAAGUGGAGGCUGCGGCACUGUGUUUGGAUGCCCACAUGAGCUACUACUCGGUCUUUGCAGAGAUGGAGCAGGUGGAGAAGGCUCUCGAUGAGCGCAUUGCGGCGGCCAAACUGCAGACUGCAGGACGACAGGUGGGCGUUCCCUCCCGCUCCCAGUCUCGGAGAAGAUCCAAGUCUCGAAGUGAAGGUCGCACCACCUCGGCGGCUCGCAGACUCGAGCCUCCGCGCGCGGGAUACGCGGCCGCCCCCGCGGGCGGUCGCACGCGUUCUGAGUCUCCGGGAGCCAAGGGUUCCAAGGGCGGCCGAAAGUCCAAAUCGGAGCUUGGACAGGCCGAGGGCGCGGAACUGGAGCCGGCAGUGGAGAGUGAAGGUGUGACGUUGGUUUGGCAGGAUGCCGAUGAGAUGAUCCAUCAAGCUGUGGGCUGGAGUGAAGACAUCUCCUUUGCGGAAUUGGUCCAAAGUCCAUUCAUAUUCAUGAGCAGCUACCUCUUUCAGGCCGACUUGGGAGAUCCAGUCUCAUGUGUCUUCGUGAAUGACUUUGGUUGCAUGGCUGGCACCAUGCUGGGCAAGGUCAUGUUCUACAACUUUAAGGAUGGUGAGGCAGAGAUCUUGGCGGCCUUCUCGGACGAGGGGGUGCGAGGGCUCUACUUGGAUCAAGAGAUGUGCUACAGUACCCUGAUGGAUCUUUGCAAAGGUUGGCAGUUGGAGCCGCCUCAUCAGCAGAACCUCUCCGUGAACUUCCGCACUUGGGACAGGAAGAAUGCGCAGAAUGUGAAGCACAUCAUGCAGCGAGGUCCCUGGGUUUUGGUGCUGUUUCCAAUGUCGACCACAGUCCUGCACAUUGGCAGACAGGAACACCAGCACCGCGGCUUCAAACUCUUUGACUAUGGCACCUCCGCAGAGGUUGCACCGUGUCCUGCGCUGAAGAUUCAUUUACGUGUCCUCAUCUUUCUGACUAAAAAGAUGCGCCUUGAACUGCAAGAAGCACAGGCAGGUAGAGACUCACGGCUGUGCAGUUCUUUGGUUCAAUCUUGGUUCAACGAAGCGUCUUUUAUUGCCUGUGGUACCUCGGAGAGGUUUGCCAACUCAUCGACGCUUUCCUCCACGGCCGCUGUCUUCCAGCCUCAGGGCGUCGCAGCCAUGGAAUACCAAUACUAUGGCCAGCAGAUGAACUCCUAUGACAUGGGGAGCUAUCACUACGGCUAUGACCACACUUACUGCAGCAACCACUACUCAAACGGUGGUUUCCACUUGCCUCAGAAGCAAGAGGUGUUGAACCUGGAUGACUUCUCAGACCUGUCAGACUCGGAUGAAGAGUCAGCGCCCAUCAAAGUUGCGAAGGACAUUGCCGCGGACAUUGCAGAGGUUUCUGAGAUCCAUGAUGAACAGCUUCCUGAGCCUGCUGAAGAACCAUCGCCAUUGCCAUGUGCGAUGCGCACCUUCAAUUUCAAGGAGACCAGCGAAGCGGAGACACCGAAGGAGAGCGAAACGGAGACUCCUGAGACCUUGAGCAGCGCUAGCAGCGCGUCCUCGGAGCCGGAGAACGAGGAGGAGGCGUCGCCCGUCUACAGCGUGAGGCUUUUGCUGAACCUCCGUGCCCCUCUGAGCACAGAGGAACCGCUGGUCUUGUAUCGGACCGAACCUGUGCCUGAAGAGAAGCCUGAGACAAAGACACCUGAGAAGCUGCAAGCGCCCAAGGAGAUCCGUGCCAGGAAGAAGCCCCAGCUGCAGCACUCGGAGAACUCCUGGGCGGCCCAACAGAGGCGCGCGAAGACGGAGAACAGCAGCGAUUCGAAGGAGCAAGUUGCACGCAGCAUCAAGUCGAUUCUGAACAAGCUAACCUUGGAAAAGUUUAGCAGCCUGUCUCAGCAGUUGCUGACCUGCGGCAUCUCCUCCGCAGAGCAUUUGGUGGUGCUGAUCCACGAGGUCUUCGAAAAGGCCACCACGCAGCACCAUUUCAUCGACAUGUAUGCAGACCUUUGCGUGCUUCUUCAUGAACAUUUCACCGCCAAGCCAUUGGAGGAUGGAAAGAAAUUGACCUUCAAGAGGUUGCUUUUGGACGAAUGCCAGAGCUCCUUCGAGCGCUUGUUGACCCCACCCAGCAAUCUGGAGCAACUCCCCACGGAAGAGAAGACAGCAGCCGAAAUGAGCUACAAGACUCACAUGUUGGGCAACAUCAAGCUGGUGGGUGGCCUGCUGGCGCGAGGCAUGUUGGCCAGCAAGGUGGGAAUCGCUAUUUUGGAGGAGCUCUUGUCGAAUCCAACACCUGAGGCCUUGGAGUCGGUGGCCGCGCUGCUGACGGCGCUGGGAAGUAGCUGUGACCGUCCUGAAUGGCCUCAGCACGUGGCCUUGACCGCGAUCUUCCAGGACGUGGCCCUCAUCGUGAAAGGCAACAGCUGCCCCACGCGCGAGCGUUGCUUGUUGAAGGAUCUUCUGGACUUGCGCCGGAACGGCUGGGUGGACCGUCGCCCCAAGAAGAUGGAGAGGGCUAUGACCUUGAAGCAGGUCGCGGAGAACAAAGAGUUGCCCAAGCCGCAGCUGCGAAAGGUCGCCGUGGUGGCCUUUGAUCAGGAGAAGUUCCGCGCGGCGGCACAAAGGCUGCUGCGAGAGCUGCAAACGGCUCAGUUGAACGAGGUCUUCGACGGCUUCAAAGCCUUGGGAAUGCCGCCGGCGUCCAAGCAACCACACGAGCUUGCUGAACUCUUGUGCCUGGUGGUGCAGGAGAAGGCCGCCCUUCGAGACCUGGGCUUCCAGCUCUUGUCGCAGAUCGCAGGAGAAUGGCAUUCAGAGGCCUUGGCGCAAGGGGUGACUUGGGAUCUUCGCACGUGUUGA